UCUUGCUCUUCCUCUUCUCUCAAACAAUACGAUGACGAAUAAUUUUUUAGUAUCCAUUCGGAGUUUUGCUAGCUAUACCACUUUUCUUCUGGAACUAAAAUUGAAUCCUUGUUUAUAGGUCUCUGAUGUUAUCAAAGUGUACAACACGAUAAUGAGGUGGCUGGGACAAAUAUAUAGUAUAUCUUGCAGCCUCACAUACCCACACCAGUAUGUACAGAGUAGCUAGCUGCAUGAAACGGUAUCUUUCCACAUUCACUUCCGCUGAAGGAUACCUACCUACUUACCCAUAUAUAUUUUUCCCAUCAUUCGACAAUAUUUUAAACGCACAACGGUAACUACCCUUCGGCGACAAUUUGGCGCUCUUCUUGGUAUUCGUCUCCAGCCUCCAAAUAGAUCGAUCACUGAUCUAAGCUGUUGUGGGACAACAAUUGUCCUUCUGCAACUCGCCUUUCAUCUUAUCUACUCUUAGAGAGAUGUUUCCCAAACUUAUUCUCACCGCUGCAGCAGCAUUCUUGUCUGCUAAAACAACCUUUGCACAGACUUACAGUUCUUGUAAUCCAUUAUUCACAAGUGAGUAGCUUCAUCUCCUUACUUUGGUGAAAAGUCUUAACUAACCUCACACCAGCCAGCUGUCCCGCAGACACUGCCUUAGGAAAGUCUAUUGAUGUCGACUUCACUUCUGGAUCAGUAGAUGCCUUCACUGGCUCCGGUGAUAUCUCAUAUGGCUCCAAUGGCGCUUCGUUCACAGUAUCCAAAUCAGGCGACGCACCGACCCUUUCCAGUAUUUUCUACAUCAUGUUUGGAAAGGUGCAGAUCACAAUGAAGGCAGCUCCCGGUGCCGGUAUCGUGAGCACAUUGGUACUGCAAUCUGACGACUUGGAUGAAAUUGAUAUGGAAUGGCUCGGAGCGGAUGACACCGAAGUACAAACGAAUUAUUUCGGCAAAGGCAAGGUCACAGAUUACAAUCGUGGAGCCUUUAACCCCGCUCCAAAUAACCAAGGUGAAUUCAUCACUUAUACUAUCGAAUGGACUUCAGAGCAGCUCGUUUGGUCGGUAGGUUCUACCGUCGUCAGAGUUCUUACACCAGCUACAGCCGACGCCGAUCAAUACCCGCAAUCACCAAUGCAAAUCAAGUUCGGUGCAUGGUCUGGAGGGGAUUCAUCGAAUGCCCCGGGUACAAUUUCAUGGGCGCGUGGUCCAACCGAUUACUCUGAUGGACCUUUUACUAUGGUUGUUCAGUCAAUUGACGUUAGUGAUUAUUCCACCGGUACACAAUAUAGGUACGGAGACGAAUCUGGAAGCUGGACAUCAAUCGAAGUCGUCGGCGGGUCAGUAAAUGGCAAUGUGCCAGCCUCAGCUUCAGUUGUACAAACUGCUGGUGCUGCAGCUGUCACAUCCAGCUCCCCAACUAUCCCAGCCGGAAUCAAUAAUGGUAACUCGGCCACCCGAACUGGGUGGCCUUGGGUUGCCGGGACGCGGACCGUAUCAGAAGUGACAUGGAGUACCGGGCCAAGCAUUCCCUCAGGUUGGGAAAUAUCUUCUACCGGGAAAAUUGUCCCUGUGAGUGCUUCAUCUAUAAGUACGUGUCGAUCUCUCCUCAUAUUUCCUAUGCUUCUUAAAUACUGAUUUGACUAUCUAGACAUCCGCAGGAUCAACCCCCUCCUACUAUGCGGGCCUUUCGCCUUCUUCUUUCUCGCUGCAAUCAGAAGAUGGCCUUGAAACGAUCACGGGCUGGGAUUCAAGAGGAUUUGCUGUGACGAGCACGGUUUUUGUAAGAUGCAGCACGGCAAAAAGCUACAAUCAGCAAGGGUUUCUGGUAACAGGAACAGCGGCUUGUACGGCUGGGAUUGGCCAAGGAGGCCUCAGUACAAAUGCUGCAGGUGCCAUCAGUGGGAAAGUCGGGAGCACAAAUAAUGCUGCAAAUUGCCGAAAAGCCUUGCCUACAGUGUUUGGCAUAGCGGCCGCAGCCGUUGGGGGCGUGUGGGUUUGACCGAAACUCAAUACGCUAUAUGGGUUUUAUGGAUGGAUUUGGAUUGGAAGGAAAAUGGAGUCUGAUAUGUCAUAUUAUGGUUUGAAAAUGGAUGGGAUCGGCUAUUUAAACUCUAAUGGGAAUGCUCCUCUGAGAGAUUUGGCUGUGUGAAUGCACAUAAAAGGGAACAAGAUAAUAAAUAGAAGAAAUCUACGUUCUAAUGAUGAGGAUAAGGAUGAAUGACGAUAGCUGUAUAUAUAUAUCUCUCUCUACCUUGGAUCUCUAUAAUUGUUAGAGCAUGUGUAUCAUUAUCUCCCUUGUAAGUCUUAUUUUCAUAG